GCGUGUGCCGCUCUGAUCAGUUCAAGUGCGCCGACACCGGCCGCUGCAUACCCGACACGCGGCGGUGCAACGGAGACGAGGACUGUGGCGACGACAGCGACGAGCGCGACUGCUGCACCGGCGACCAUUUCGUGUGUGGCAACGGCAGAUGCAUCCACAAGCGUAAUGAAUGCGACGGCUAUAACGACUGCAGGGACUGGAGUGAUGAGAAGCAUUGCGUGUGCCGCUCUGAUCAGUUCAAGUGCGCCGAAACUGGCAGCUGCAUACGCGAGCGGGAUCGGUGUGACGGAUACAACGACUGCCACACCGUCGGCGGCAGCGACGAGGACGGCUGUGCAAACCGACCACCCGACGUCCCCCGCUUGACUGUCACGCCUGCCGUGACCUCCGCCAGCGUUUAUUGGACGUGGCGAAGGCAGCAAUUUUUCAACGUAACUCUGGCAAUGAAACCAAGAGAAGACUGUGCCCCAAAGAAACCCGAAGCUGUUCAAUAUUUUCAAAAUUUUACCACGGCUAAACGGGAGCUGACGCAGCUGCAGGCGUACACUGAGUACGAGGUGUGCGUGUACGCGUACAACGAAGGAGGAGAAAACAAGAACUGUGAAGUGUUUCAGACUCUGCCGGACAAAGCUCCUGAGCCUGUGGAGGAGUUGACCUCUUCCACGACGUCCACUUCCAUCAGCCUGCGGUGGAGGAAACCUUGUCCUCCCAGGGCCGCCAUCAGCGGCUACCGCGUCACCACCAUCAGCGGCGACCGCGACCUUCACUACGUCCAGGCGUCGGAGUGCAGCGACAGCGCAGCCCACUUCUGCCACACCAUCAAGGAACUAAAACCUGAACGCACGUACAACAUUGAGGUACAGAGCUGCACCGCUGACGCCGACCACGCAUGCUCUGCUGCUAUGGCGACAGCCGUCACGACAGAACCAGCAGGGAGGCUGCAGUCCCGCUGUGACGCCCCCUUGUGCCGGUGCUCCGUGCCCGGCAUGGAACACGUGUGUUUACCAUGUCACGAGCUGCACAACGUCACGGACACGUGCCAUAAAUUGAAAUCCGGGAAACCUCUUUGUUCCGCGAGAAAGGCGCGAGGUGUGGACAUCAGUGUGACAACCUGCAGUCAGGGUCUGCAGCCGACUUGCAUCCGAAAGAUGAAGGUGCCUGUGCUGACGGUGGUCCGUGCUGAGUGCUGGGGCAGUGCAACCCUAGCUCUCAGUUUCAGGCAUGCAAGGUUUGUGACGGAGAUGACACUUGAGCAAAUGACGGGAAGAGCCGGUUGUGCCUCCAAUGAUGUCGAAAAUGUUCAACGUUUCCGUAAUCUGAGCACUGCUGAAUUGCAACUGACGCAGCUGCAGGCGUACACUGAGUACGAGGUUUGCGUGUACGCAUACAACGAGGGAGGAGACAGCAAGCAGUGUGAAGUGUUCAAGACUCUGCCGGACGAAGCUCCUGGGCCUGUGGAGGAGUUGACCUCUUCCACGACGUCCACUUCCAUCAGCCUGCGUUGGAGGAAACCUUGUCCUCCCAUGGCUGCGGUCAGCGGCUACCGCGUCACGGGGGCUACAGUCUUUCGCUACGUCCAAGAGUCGGAGUGCAGCGACAGUGCAGCCCACUUCUGCCACACAAUCCAGGGACUACAACCUGAACGCACGUACAACAUUGAGGUACAAAGCUGCACCGCUGACGACUACCACGCAUGUUCUGCUGCUAUGGCGACAGCCGUCACGACAGAACCAGCAGGUAAGAGAGAUCGCUCACUAAACCAAUCUUUAUCUCUUCUUUUGGGGUGA